CUUUAUUUCUUCACUCAUUUUUGUAUUCUUGCCUUCUUUUAUUUUUAUUAAUCUGUUUUUUUUUUACCCUAUACCACAGUAAGAAUUAGGCACACUUUGUUUUAUUAAUGAUUAGCACUGAUUAAACCAUGCAUAUUGUCAAAGUCCAAAGUUAAUGCCUAUUCCCAUUGCCAAAGACAAUAAUGGACCUUAGAAUACUUAAACACUGUUCUAUUCCAGUUUGUAGUUGUUUUUAUUUUUGAAAUUACUCCUAUAUUUUUAUUCCUCCAAGACAUUAUUUUUGGAAAACUUUUACUACUGUUAAUCUUAUAAAAAUCAGAUUAAUCAGAAGUAAUUAAGCAGAACUCAGAUUUUAAAAUAUUUUCACAUAAUUUUUUGUUUGUUUGUUUGAGAUGAAGUCUCUGUUCCCCAAGCUGGAUUGCAGUGGCAUGAUAUCAGCUCACUACAACCUGGACUUCCUGGGUUCAAGCAAUUCUCCUGCCUCAGCCUCCUGUGUAGCUGGGACUACAGGCAUGUGCCACCAUGUCCAGCUAAUUUUUGUAUUUUAGGUAGAGACAGGGUUUCACUGUUGUUGGCCAGGCUGGUCUUGAACUCCCAACUUCAGGUGAUCCACCUGCCUCGGCCUCCCGAAGUGCUAGAAUUACAGGCGUGAGCCACUGUGCCUGGCCCACAUAAUAUUUUAUUUGAUUUUUUUCUAACAAUUCAAUGAAAGGGAAUAUAAGACUGUUAGUAGGUAAGAGCUCACUGUGGAGUGAGGCUUUUUGCCUUUGAAAUUUAGUCCCAAAAUGUACCAGUUUGACCAUUAAUAAAUCCCAUUAUUUAAUUUUUUAGUAUUUCUGUUUUCUUAUUUUAUAAAUGGGGAUAAUCAUAUUUCUGUCAUGUAGGGUAUGCACAUGUUAGAAGUAAAAGCAAUAAUGCAUGGAAAUGUCAUCGUAAUAUAUAUUGUUAGUGGUUAUUGUAUUUUUAUAUUUAUCAAGAAUACUAUCAUCCUUAUUUUCUUAAUGGGAACCUAGUAUGAAACUCAUAGACUUUAAUUUUUUUUUCUAAGGUUCACAUAGAAAAAACAUAGUACAUGGUGAAGCACCGAGUAGAUGGUGAAGCAUGGAGUUAAAUUUUUGACUUAGUGACUUUGUUUACAAUCUAGUCUCAUUUAACUAAUAUAACCCAGUCCUAUGCCAAUCUGGUCUUUAAGGUUAUUUUCUUGAGGAGGUUAUUUUAUUUUAUUAGUUUAUCUUAUUUUUUAAGGUUAUUUUAUUCCCUAUAUAUUUAUUCCUUAUAUAUUGGUAUUAAUGGUUCAGGGAAAAAAAUUCGUAGAGAUUGGGAGAGGAUGUUGUAGAAAAAGAAAGCAAACAAGGUAUAGGGCAGUAGAAAGAUGAGGCAGGGCAACAUUGAGCAGAGGAGAGAAGACAGUGAUUUGCUAGCAUCGUGGCCAACCUGUCGUCGUAGUGGAGUACAGAGAAGACUGCUUUUACAAAUCCGACUUGGAGAACUGGAGCAGGACUGUAGUGCCACAUAUUGAAAGUAAGAGUUUACAGAAAAUCUAAAAUUCUAAAUCCAGCAUUUUUUUUUCCCAACUGAAGAAAAAGCAAAACCAAAACUGUGAGAUUUUUGUUAUUUUAUGAUUGUAAAACACUGAACUCUGGGUUUGGGAGAUUGCUGAUUGAAAGACGCUAAUGUGGAAUAUAAAGAGUUUCUGGAAAGGACACUGACAACUUCAAAGCAAAAUGAAGUUCUUUCUGUUGCUCUUAUCCAUCGGGUUGUGCUGGGCUCAGUAUUUCCCAAAUACACAGCAAGGACGGACAUCUAUUGUUCAUCUGUUUGAAUGGCGAUGGGUUGAUAUUGCUCUUGAAUGUGAGCGAUACUUAGCUCCCAAUGGAUUUGGAGGGGUUCAGAUCUCUCCACCAAAUGAAAAUCUUGUAGUUAACAACCCUUCAAGACCUUGGUGGGAAAGAUACCAACCAAUUAGCUAUAAAUUAUGCACAAGAUCUGGAAAUGAAGAUGAAUUUAGAAACAUGGUGACUAGAUGUAACAAUGUUGGGGUUCGUAUUUAUGUGGAUGCUGUAAUUAAUCAUAUGUGUGGCAAUGCUGCGGGUGCAGGAACAAGCAGUACUUGUGGAAGUUACUUCAAUGCUGAAAAUAGGGAGUUUCCAGCAGUCCCAUAUUCUGGAUGGGAUUUUAAUGAUGGUAAAUGUAAAACUGGAAGUGGAGAUAUUGAGCUCUAUAAUGAUGCUUCCCAGGUCAGAGAUUGUCGUCUGGUUGGUCUUCUGGAUCUUGCACUGGAGAAAGAUUAUGUGCGUUCCAAGGUUGCAGAAUAUAUGAACCAUCUCAUUGACAUUGGUGUUGCUGGCUUCAGAAUUGAUGCUUCCAAGCACAUAUGGCCUGGAGACAUGAAGGCAAUUUUGGAUAAACUGCAUAAUCUAAACUGUAGCUGGUUCCCUGAAGGAAGUAAACCUUUCAUUUACCAGGAGGUAAUUGAUCUGGGUGGUGAGCCAAUUACAAGCAGUCAGUACUUUGGAAAUGGCCGGGUGACAGAAUUCAAGUAUGGUGCAAAACUUGGCACAGUUAUUCACAAGUGGAAUGGCGAGAAGAUGUCUUACUUAAAGAACUGGGGAGAAGGUUGGGGUUUCAUGCCUUCUGACAGAGCACUUGUCUUUGUGGAUAACCAUGACAAUCAACGAGGACAUGGGGCUGGAGGAGCUUCUAUUCUUACCUUCUGGGAUGCCAGGCUGUAUAAAAUGGCAGUUGGAUUUAUGCUUGCUCAUCCUUAUGGAUUUACACGAGUGAUGUCAAGCUACCGUUGGGCGAGAUAUUUUGAAAAUGGAAAAGAUGUUAAUGAUUGGAUUGGACCACCAAAUAAUAAUGGAGAAAUUAAAGAAGUUACUAUUAAUCCAGACACUACUUGUGGCAAUGACUGGGUCUGUGAACAUCGGUGGCGCCAAAUAAGGAACAUGGUCAUCUUCCGCAAUGUAGUGGAUGGCCAGCCUUUCACAAACUGGUGGGAUAAUGGCAGCAACCAAGUGGCCUUUGGGAGAGGAAACAGAGGAUUCAUUGUUUUCAACAAUGAUGACUGGACACUUUCUUUAACUUUGCAAACUGGUCUUCCUGCUGGCACAUACUGUGAUGUCAUUUCUGGAGAUAAAAUUAAUGGCAAUUGCACAGGCAUUAAAAUCUACAUUUCUGAUGAUGGCACAGCUCAUUUUUCUGUUAGUAACUCUGCUGAAGAUCCAUUUAUUGCAAUUCAUGUUGAAUCUAAAUUAUAAAACUUAAAUUAAAAGUAUAUAUGCAAAACA